AUGAAGAAAAAUCUUGUUGCUAUCUUUAAGAUUGCAGAGACUAAAAUGAUUUUACCUAAUGUGCAAUCUCAUGAACAGAAGACUUACGUGAAAACAAAAACAAAAUAUAACGAUGUUAUUGGCACACCCAGUCAAAAUUCGCUUAGUAAUGUUAGUGAAGUCAUGACUGCCAGUGGAGAGGCUGAUGAUGAAGUAUUUCGAGUUUCUCCAGGCCGGACGGUCAUUUAUAAGGAAUUUAGUGAACUUAGUUCACAGGAUCAAGAGAACGCCUUACGGAGAUGGCAGAUUAAAGGUGAUAAUGGAAGACGUGGUUCGAGAGGCUCUCCUGGAAAACAGGGAUCACAAGGCUCACCCGGUGAACGAGGACCUCCCGGAGGAAUGGGAGCUAAGGGUUUGUCGGGGGAGCCUGGAGAGGAAGGAUUGCCUGGAUAUGAAGGAUCACGCGGUCUCCCCGAGCGAGAUUACGUACCUUAUGGCUUAUCGCACACGUGGCUUGAACGUUUUGUUGAUACCGUCCGUCAUGGUUUGGUAGAACAAGCGAAACGAGCUCCUCCGGGUCCUAGAGGUCCGAAAGGAUCAACAGGGGACAGGGGUUUCCCAGGACUACCUGGUCCCUCUGGUCGCAAAGGGAUAAAAGGGUGUAAGGGAAUGAGAGGAAGGCCUGGACCCAAAGGAAAUAUAGGACCAUCGGGAAGACAGGGAGAAGCUGGUUCAGACGGCGAGAUGGGUGAGAUGGGUUUGCAAGGUGAACCUGGUGAUCUAGGACCAACUGGAGUCUCGGGAGCUGUUGGGGACAGAGGAGAAAAAGGAGGUUCUGGUGUCAUUGGCGAAGCAGGACACCGAGGAAUGGAAGGGAAUAAGGGUGAAAAGGGGGCAACUGGACUUCCUGGGCCACGAGGGAUACAGGGUGACCGCGGCUUACCAGGCAUUCCUGGGUCUUCUGGAGAAAAAGGGAUAAAGGGUCCUCAAGGACCACAAGGUAUGCCGGGAUAUCCUGGACGCAAGGGGGAUCCUGGACCAGAAGGACCAAAAGGUUUCAGUGGAACAGCUGGAAAACGAGGACGGCCUGGGGCAUUAGGUGACCCAGGAAUGAAGGGCGUAAAGGGGGAAGCCGGUGCUCCUGGUAUUGACGGUAUUCCUGGUACUCCUGGCUUGCAGGGUCCUAAGGGAUAUCCUGGAUCUAAAGGAGAAAAGGGGGAACAGGGUAUUAAAGGCGAACAAGGAGAGAGGGGAAAACAAGGUCCUGUUGGUAUAACGGGUUUGUCUGGUGAGAUAGGAAAGAAUGGCUUACCUGGAGAACCAGGUUCUCCUGGAAAAGAUGGUCCCAAAGGUUUGAAAGGCGUACGUGGGCUUACGGGUCAGCCAGGCUUACCUGGUCUAAAUGGAAGGCCUGGUCUCCCAGGAACUCGAGGACCUUCAGGUAGGCCAGGGGACAUUGGUCUGAAGGGAUUUCCUGGUCUUAAGGGGACACCUGGGGAUCAAGGUUUUCGAGGCAGACCGGGACUCAUUGGUGAAAUGGGAUUGCCUGGACUUCGUGGAGAUCCAGGAAGAAAAGGGAUCAAAGGUGAUGAUGGUAUUGAUGGUUUACCUGGAGCAAAUGGACUGCCAGGACUAGACGGUGUUAAGGGUGAUAUGGGAUUCCCAGGACAACGUGGACUUAAGGGGAGCCGUGGUUACGAUGGAUUCGAUGGUUUUGAAGGAUUUCCUGGUCGUGUGGGUGUUCCUGGUGUGCUUGGAGAGAUUGGACCUCCUGGAUUGUCUGGCAUUGAGGGUCCUCCUGGUAAUCCAGGACCACCAGGAUUGCCUGGUUCCAUCGGACCAAAGGGUCUCGAGGGACCACCUGGCAUACCAGGACCUGCUUCAACGACUAGUGGUGCUAGUCUUCCGGGUCCUCCAGGACCUCCUGGUAUAAAAGGCCAGCCUGCCGCAGACGGUAGAAAAGGUAGGAGAGGAUUACCUGGAUCCAAGGGAAGAGUUGGCCGAGAUGGUCCAAAGGGGAACAUUGGUGUUAAAGGUUUACGUGGCCAAAGGGGGAAGAAGGGCAAUCGAGGACCAAGAGGUUCAAAAGGUGUUAUGGGAGAACCAGGUUUAAAAGGAAAGAAAGGUGAACGUGGACCUUUUGGACUUGUUGGACGCAAGGGUAUUAAAGGAGAUGAUGGUCCAAAUGGUUUACCUGGAUCGCCUGGCAUACAGGGAGAAACUGGAGUGAGGGGAUCUCCAGGACUAUCGGGACAAAAAGGUGUACAGGGUGAAAUGGGGCCGAAGGGAUAUCAAGGAAACAAUGGGAUUCCAGGAGACAAUGGCUUACCCGGACCACCUGGUGAUAGAGGGGAACUUGGCGAAAAAGGAGAGAAUGGCGACACUGGUCUAAAUGGAGUUCCUGGAAGACCCGGCGAACCGGGAAAUCCGGGUGAUGAAGGAUUGCCUGGGAAAAAGGGAAAUCCGGGAUUUACAGGAGCAAUGGGACCUCCAGGACCAUCUGGGCCUCCAGGGCCAACUGGAUUACCAGGAGAAAAGGGAGAUCGUGGUCCACAAGGCAUGUUUGGAAGCCGCGGGGAACCGGGCGUGCAAGGAGUUAAAGGUUCUCCUGGAACUAAGGGUCCAAAAGGACCAAUCGGCGAACCGGGUGCUGGAGCUCCUAUAUCGUUGAAAGGUGAACUUGGCUCUAAGGGUACAAAGGGGACAAAAGGAGACAGUGGUCCUGUUGGAGCACGUGGAAUCCCCGGGCAACAGGGUGAUCCUGGAGAAAAAGGAAGAAGAGGUCCGCGUGGGGAGCCUGGGGAAAGGGGUGAUCAAGGUGAACUGGGACGGAAAGGAGAACGGGGAAGCACUGGAGAUCCUGGCGAACCGGGUGAUAAAGGAGAGAAAGGUUUUGGUGGUGUAAUUGGAACAGAGGGUAGUCCGGGAUCUCAAGGACCUCAGGGUGCAAAUGGGACAGUUGGUAUUCCGGGUGAACAAGGAAACAAUGGUGAAAAAGGUGAAAAAGGAUCACCAGGGGAUAUAGGUACUCCAGGAGAAAAGGGGGAUAAUAGCGCCACUCCUGGACCAAAGGGAUUACCGGGUAAAGAUGGUCCCCCAGGUUUACCAGGAAAUGCUGGAGGAGUUAGUUUAUCUAUCUUGAAAGGACAGAAGGGCGAAGCUGGGCUUCCAGGACAACCAGGUACAUCAGGGAUUCCUGGUCCACCGGGCUUACCUGGUCGAAAAGGUGUUUCUGGUAACAAUGGUGAAAAGGGUGAUGAGGGUGAAGAAGGACAACCGGGAUCACCUGGCGAUACAGGACCAAAGGGUUAUCCCGGUGUACGAGGUCCUACUGGAAAUAUGGGAAAGAAAGGAGAAAAGGGUGAAGCAGGAGAUCCUGGUCUCCCUGGUGAUGGUGGACCAGGACAAAAGGGGACACGUGGUGAUAAAGGGGAUCCCGGAGCUGUUGGUCCUAAAGGUGAAUUAGGAGACAGAGGGAAUGAUGGACCACAAGGUGAAGCUGGUCCCAUUGGCCCAACCGGUGGCCCAGGAAUUCAGGGAGAAAAAGGAGAAGAGGGUCCUGUUGGAGAAAAGGGAGAUCGUGGAUUACCAGGUCCGCCUGGUCCUCCUGGAGUUCAGGGAUCCGGUUUAGGAGGAAUUUCGUUCAAUUACAGCGGAUCAGAUGUUCCUUCGCCUUUAUUGUUGGAUAUUAUAAACGCAAAACUUGACGAAACUCAGUUGGCGUACGAUAGACUGCGUCAUCAAACCGGCGAAAGCGACCGUCCUGCUAGAAGUUGUCAAGAUCUGAUGACUUAUUCUCUUAAUACAAACUUAACCAACGGAAUGUACUGGAUUGACCCGAACCAAGGUUCAACCGAAGAUGCGUUUCGAGUGUUUUGUGAUUUUGAGAUGGGAGGUGUAACUUGUAUAAACGCCACGAACAUAACUAUUUUAUCGUCGUCCAUUUCUUCUAACUCAAGCAAUCAAAAUAUAAUGUCGAACGACACCAGUUAUCAUCAAAACUCCACGGAGUUUAAGAUAAAUUAUCUUGGUAACAUUGGGCAAUUGAAGUUUUUACAAGAAUUGAAUACGAUAGUGACACAGAAAGUCGACUUCAACUGCAUGAAUGACAGUGUUACAAAUAACACAGACAACUUUAUCAAAAUUAUCGGUGUUGAUGGCAAGCAAGCACCACGAUUAUCGAAAUUGCCUCGUUAUGACGUGCGUGUCCGUUGUGAGGAAACUUUGGGUUCCUUAGAAGUGGUAACUAGAGGAUUCAAGCUUCUUCCUAUGACAAAUAUUCUGCUAUCGAUAACAGACACUAGACAUGCGCAAUUGGAAUUUGGUCCUGUUUGUUUUAGUUGACAUCUUAUGGAGGCAAUGAGAGAGGGCAAGUCUGUGAUUGGUUAUGAGAUUUUCUUUUACUGAAAUUUAGUAAAAUAUAGAUGCUCUCUUUACUUUGAUUUAUUUACAUGACAUCUCCUAGCUAUAUUUGUAUUUUAAUGAGUUUGUUUUGUUAUAAACAUAGAUAAAGACUACUGUGACGAUUGUGACAAAGAAAUAUCGAUAAGCAUCUUAAAAUAGUUCACUUUACAGUCUACAAUAUGUUUCAAAAUUUAUAUUUUAAACUCCA